CCGAGCGAGCGGACGUAGCGCAGCGCGCAGCCAGCGCAGAGAGUCGAGCGCAGCGGCCGCGGGGGGCCGGGGGGCGGGGGGCGGAAUAGCCGGACGAUUCGGCAGCGCAUUAGUCAUUAUGAAGCGCAUCAAGUGCGGACUGCCGACUGGUCAGUGCCGGUGAAUGUGCGACCCCGGGGCAGGGAUCUGCCGGGAUGACGUGCGUCGAGGCCACCGUGCAGCCUCCGGUAGACGACUGUCUCAAGGUUAGGAGAUGGUGGUGCUUCGUCCUCUCCAGCAUCUUCACCUUCCUCGCCGGGCUGUUGAUCGUCCUUAUAUGGAGGGCCUUCGCCUUCCUCUGCUGUCGCAAGGAGCCCGAGUUCGCCCCUAAUGACCCCAAGCAGAAGGAGCAGAAGGCCGCCCGACAGGGCAAGGAGUUCGAGGGCACCUUCAUGACCGAGGCCAAGGACUGGGCCGGCGAACUCAUCUCCGGGCAGACCACCACUGGACGCAUCCUGGUGGUGCUGGUUUUCAUCCUCAGUAUAGCAUCGCUUAUAAUAUACUUCAUCGAUGCCUCGAGCGAGGAGGUGGAGCGCUGCCAGAAGUGGAGCAACAACAUUACUCAGCAGAUAGACUUAGCUUUCAAUAUAUUUUUUAUGGUCUACUUUUUUAUACGCUUUAUCGCCGCCAGUGACAAGCUGUGGUUCAUGCUGGAGAUGUAUUCGUUCGUGGACUACUUCACGAUACCACCGUCUUUCGUCUCGAUCUAUCUCGAUCGGACGUGGAUCGGACUGAGGUUCCUCCGAGCCCUUCGACUGAUGACGGUCCCCGACAUCCUCCAGUACCUCAACAUUCUAAAGACAUCGAGCUCCAUCAGACUCGCCCAACUCGUCUCCAUCUUCAUCUCCGUUUGGCUCACCGCUGCUGGCAUCAUUCAUUUGCUUGAGAACUCAGGGGACCCUUUCGAAUUCACGAACCCGCAACAGCUCUCGUACUGGACGUGCGUCUACUUCCUGAUUGUGACCAUGUCGACGGUAGGAUAUGGCGACGUGUUCUGCCAGACGGUACUCGGCCGCACAUUCCUGGUAUUUUUUCUACUCGUCGGUCUGGCAAUUUUUGCUAGUAGCAUACCAGAGAUAAUAGAGCUCGUAGGCAGUAGGUCCAAGUACAGCGGCGAGUACAAGCGGGAACACGGAAAGAGACACAUUGUUGUGUGCGGCCACAUCACCUACGAGUCCGUCUCCCACUUCCUCAAGGAUUUCUUACACGAAGACCGCGAGGACGUCGACGUUGAGGUCGUCUUCUUGCAUAGAAAAGAGCCGGACCUCGAGUUGGAGGGUCUCCUGAAGAGGCAUUACACGACCGUGGAGUUUUUUCAGGGAACCAUGAUGAAUGCCGUGGACCUGGAGCGCGUCAAGGUGCACGAAGCCGACGCCUGCCUGGUCCUGGCGAACAAAUACUGCCAGGAUCCGGAUGCGGAGGAUGCCGCCAACAUUAUGCGCGUCAUCUCCAUAAAGAACUACUCCGACGACAUCCGCGUGAUCAUCCAAUUGAUGCAAUAUCACAACAAGGCCUAUUUACUAAACAUUCCAUCGUGGGACUGGAAGCAGGGCGACGACGUGAUCUGCUUGGCAGAAUUGAAGCUGGGCUUCAUCGCGCAGUCCUGUCUGGCCCCGGGUUUCAGCACGAUGAUGGCCAACCUGUUCGCGAUGCGGUCCUUCAAGACGUCGCCGGACACUCAGGCGUGGCAGAAUGAUUACCUGCAGGGCACGGGCUGCGAGAUGUACACGGAAACCCUCUCCCCGUCCUUUACCGGGAUGACAUUUCCCCAAGCCAGCGAGUUGUGCUUCACGAAGCUGAAGCUGCUCCUGUUGGCGAUCGAGAUCAAGGGCGAAGGAGGUUGCGACAGCAAGAUCUCGAUCAAUCCACGAGGUGCCAAGAUCGUCGCGAACACUCAGGGAUUUUUUAUUGCUCAAUCGGCCGACGAGGUGAAACGCGCGUGGUUUUACUGCAAGGCGUGCCACGAGGACAUCAAGGACGAGACCCUGAUCAAGAAGUGCAAGUGCAAAAACUUGGCCACAUUCCGGAAGGGCGUGAGGGCCGUUCAGAUGGUCGGACGAGCAAACGACCACCAUCCUCCCCCCACAUUCACUCCGCCAGAACUGCCCAAGAUGGUUCACGUGAGAGGUGAGAUCAGUCGCGAAAGGGAGGAUCCUAAUGCCAUGAGGAACCAUCGGAACUCCGUGGGGAUGGCGACGAUGAACUCGACUAAGCAGGUUAACAAGGUCAAGCCAAAUGUUAACAGAACACCGAACGACAGUCUGUCCAGCCCGAACCAACCGUACAAUCAGAGAUCGCAAGAGGAGUCCGCAUACGCUGGCUACCAUCUCAGCUACGAAGUCAAAAAACUCAUGCCGACCACCAGGGCUUCCGGGGGCGCCAACGUGAACAACAAUGGCGGCCUCCAGGUGGGAAUCGCCGACGACCAGGCGAAGGACUUCGACUUCGAGAAGACCGAGAUGAAGUACGACUCGACGGGCAUGUUCCAUUGGAGUCCUGCCCGAAACCUCGAAGACUGCAUUCUGGAUCGCAACCAGGCGGCCAUGACGGUCCUCAACGGACAUGUCGUGGUGUGUCUCUUCGCCGAUCCCGACUCACCCCUCAUCGGACUGAGAAACCUUGUCAUGCCAUUACGAGCUUCCAAUUUCCAUUACCACGAGCUUAAACACGUAGUGAUAGUUGGGUCGGUGGACUACAUAAGACGCGAGUGGAAGAUGCUGCAAAACCUGCCGAAGAUAUCAGUGCUGAACGGCUCGCCGCUGAGCAGGGCGGAUCUGCGAGCGGUGAACGUGAACCUUUGCGACAUGUGCUGCAUCCUGUCGGCAAAAGUGCCUAGCAACGAUGACCCCACCCUCGCCGACAAGGAGGCCAUCCUUGCGUCCCUUAAUAUCAAGGCCAUGACGUUCGACGACACCAUAGGAGUGCUCAGCCAAGUUGGCAGUCCGAUCGUCCUCCAGCGUCGAGGAUCCGUCUACGGGGCGAACGUGCCGAUGAUUACAGAGCUGGUCAACGACAGCAACGUGCAGUUCCUGGACCAGGACGACGACGACGACCCGGACACCGAGCUCUACCUCACGCAGCCCUUCGCCUGCGGGACCGCCUUCGCCGUCAGCGUGUUGGACUCCUUGAUGUCGACGACGUACUUCAACCAAAACGCGCUGACCUUAAUCCGGUCGCUGAUCACCGGAGGGGCGACCCCGGAACUGGAAUUGAUUCUGGCAGAAGGAGCAGGCUUGAGGGGUGGAUAUAGCACCGCGGACAGCCUGGCGAAUCGAGAUAGAUGUCGCGUUGGUCAGAUCUCGCUGUACGACGGGCCUUUGGCUCAGUAUGGCGAGGGAGGCAAGUACGGUGACCUCUUUGUUGCGGCAUUAAAGUCGUAUGGAAUGCUGUGCAUUGGUCUGUACAGGUACAGAUUCCGCGACACCAGCUCCUCCUGCGACGCCUCCUCGAAGCGAUACGUCAUCACCAACCCCCCGGACGACUUCACCCUUCUACCUACGGACCAGGUCUUCGUCCUGAUGCAGUUCGACCCUGGUCUGGAGUACCGACCGAGCAGAGGAGCCCGUGGCAAGGACGACGCCUCCUGACUGUUGCUGUGUAGCGCCCUCACCGACGGACCGUACUCCUACAUCUAAAUCCACCCUGGAGGGCGUCCUGUGGGGCAUCAUCUCGAGGAGGGAUGCUGUACCCGAGGACGUAAUCCGGUCCGAGGGCUGCUACACCUAUGACGGAGCGGCACACUACGUCGACGGCGAGGAGGCCAUCCCCUGGGGGGGCGACCUCUCGCCCCGCGUGUGUCCCACCAGCUACAAGAAAUCGGACUCGAAGGCGAGCGAGCUUUGUACAGACCGCCGGACGCUGUCGUACAGGUGUCCCACCGGGCGUUGCGUCGCCGCGACGGCGAGGACGUCCACGUCCCGACGGAGCGCGUCUUCACCGCGUCCUGGUGCCCCCCAAGAGGCGGGGAAUCGAUGGGAACUCGGCGCCGGUCGCCCCGACCGCGGCAGGGGGAUGUUUUGUUAACUAUGACUAGUUAAGAUUAAAUUAAGGCAACUAUAGUUGCACCGACAAAGGAUUAACCGAUGGAGGAUCGCCCGGAGGUCCUUGGUCAAGGAUCUAAGCCAAGAGUGUCGGGGCGACCGGCGCCUGGUCUCGCCGGUGCGGCGGAAACGCGCGGGACGACGCCGGAAGGGAACGACCGCGAUCGACCCCCUUUUCCACACGGUUUUGAGUAAGGUUAUAUAUAUCGGUAUAUAUAUACAUCCUAGGUAUAUAUACAUAUAUGCACGCGUACGUGUAUAAAUAGACGCUCUCUCUUUUAUAUAUUUUUGUGAACUCACGUGUAUAUAUAUAUAUGCGCUCGCGGUUGCGUAUACAUGCAUGUGGGUGUCGGGGGUGUAAAUGACCUCCUGUAUACGUGUGUAUGUAACGUCGUACAUGCCUGUAUAUGCAGAUGCGAAGAUACACCGAGAGACGCGCGAGGGUACGCUCGAGAGCCCCCGAGUUCUGGCGGGGAAAUUCAAACGGCACGCGACAGGUGUCGCCACGUUCGCGCAAACGGAGAGGGGAGCACGUGGUCUGUGCGGAGCCACCCGGGAUGGGUAGGAUGGGGUUAAACGACAACUAGCUGUGGUAGACAAAAGCUGCCGUGUUUCGUAAAUCCAUUAACCGUGUAUUACCGCUGCUGCUGCGCCGCUGCUGUUGCAAUAUCCCACGUGCACUGUUCACUGCCACCGCAGUUCGUGUUGCGUAUCGCCGUGUCACUUACCCACGGCUCGACGGUUGUUUCCUGGGCGAGGAAGGGCCCGACGAUGAGGCCGAGUUCCUCCUCGAUCUCGAUUCUAAGGGCGAGGAUAAUUAAAUAGAAAAUAAAUAGGUAAAUGAAAGGAUCGACCAGGCGCACAAUGGACCUCGACUUCUCGUUGUCGGUCGCGGGGGGAGGACGAGCGACUUUUCCCCGUCCGAGUCGCGCCCUCGACCCAAGGCGUCUCUCGUCGAGCGUUGAGGUUAUACAAAGAGAAAAGGGAAACGAGAAAAAAAGAAAAAAAAAAAACAGAAGUAUAAGAAGGGAAUUCGUGCAUUAGAUUUGUGCAAGUCGUUCCAUUAAUUCGUCGACGCCUUGUGUAGUGGUUUACGAUGACCGGCUAGGUCCCGGGGAGCCCGGCGGGUGGCGCCACCCUCGCGAGCACAAAGCGCGGCCACUUUGAAUCGGCCCUGUUUCUCUUCCCUUCGGCGCCGUUCCCGAAGUCCCAGACACGUGAGAAAAAAAGGGGAACAAUGGCCGACCCCUCGCCGGGCUCUUUGCGCGGACCCGAGCCCCCUUCGCGCACUAUCUUAAUGAUAAUUAAUUCAUGCACCGAUUCGAUCAUCGUCCUUACCAUUGUUGUCCCGCGCCACGAGUGGCGCGCUUGCGUGUAUGUACGGCGUAUGUAUCUAAACCGACAUGAUUUGAAUAUUACGGGGAUUAAUAAGGUGUAUAAAGAUAAAGGAGAAGAAAAGGGGGGGAAAAAAAGAUAGAAGAACGUAUGGACAAAGGCGCGCGGAGCGAUCGUCACCUUCAAUGCCUCAUUGACCUCAUCUAAUGCUUUUUUAUCUGUACAUUUACAAUUUGUGUACCAAUGAGGAACGUUGUUUAAUCAUGUUGUUGAUGUUAUUGUUAAAGAAUGAGAUUCAAUAUUGUACAUAACUAUAUAUUCAUUAUAAUUGAUGAUAUAAAUAAUUAUAUACA